GCGGGCGGCUCCGGGGCCGACACACUGCCCGCCUUCUGCCGUGUGCUGAGCCGGGUUAAUGCCGGGGGGAGCGGGCACCGACCGGGAGAGGCCAGGGCCAGUUGGGUGGUUGUGAAAGUGCAGGAUGCCACCAGGAGUUUAUUGCCCAGUUGACUUCUGGGCCAAGGAGGAGAAGCAGAAUAUCUCGGUGGACUUUCUGCUUCCUAAUGGCAUUUACCUCAACUUCUGGGUGCCAUGCAACGCCAACCUGGGAAACAUCAAAAAGCUGCUAUGGCAACGUGCACAGCAGGAGCCACUGUUUCACAUGCUCAGCCAUCCUUCAUCAUACGUCUUCACCUGUAUCAACCAGACGGCCGAGCAACAGGAGCUGGAGGACGAACAGCGCCGACUCUGCGACAUCCAGCCCUUCCUGCCCGUCCUGAGACUCGUAGCCAGAGAAGGGGACCGGGCAGAGAAACUGCUGAACUCUCAGAUAAGCCUCUUGAUUGGCAAAGGUUUGCAUGAAUUUGACGCUCUAAAUGAUCCAGAAGUAAAUGAUUUCCGCAGUAAAAUGCGCAUGUUCUGCGAAGACACCGCAAUGCAAAGACAGCGAAUGACUUGGCAGAGCUGGAUGGAGACAAAUUUUCCCCUCCAGCUUGAAUCCUCCUCCUCAAUCUUUACGAGAGAAUCCAUGCCCCCCAAAAUGCUCAUGAUUAACGUCAAAUUUGAAAGUAGCGAGGAGAGCUUCACUUUGCAGGUGUCCUUAGUGGAUUUUCCCAUCACUCUUGUAGGAGUGGCUCUAAAGAAAAAAUCCAAUCUUUUUGGCCAGCGAUCGUUGGGGCGUCCAGAAGAGUACACCCUGCAAGUCAAUGGGAUGUUAGAAUACUUAUAUGGAGACUACCCACUUUGCCAGUUUACAUACAUAAACCAAUGUCUGCUCCGGGGUUGCACACCUCACCUCACUCUAGUCUCUGUGACCUCCAUCUUGCCUGACCAACAGGAGGAGUCCACUACUUUGAGCUCCAAAUCACGCCACAAACCCCCACCUCUGCCAAGUAAAAAGCAGCUUCACUCGUCACUGUGGAAACUAGACAACCCCUUUUACAUCAACCUCCUUCACGCAAGCAAUAUAAAUGCUGAGGAAGGAUUGAAGCUGGUGGUCCAGAGUGGUCUUUACCAUGGCAACGAACUCCUGUGCAAGACUGUGGAAAGCAUGGAGGUACAAGCGUCCUCUGAUCCGGUUUGGCAGCAAAAGCUGGAGUUCGACAUCUCGAUGUCCGAUCUUCCCCGCAUGACGAGGCUCAGUCUGGUUCUCUAUGCAGUUGAAAAGUCAAAAAGGGUCCGAUCGACCAGGAGAAAACCCAAAAAAGGAGAUUACCCCAUCGCCUGGGUGAACACCAUGGUUUUUGAUUACAAGGACAUGCUGAAGUCUGGGGAAUACUCUCUGUGCAUGUGGUCCUCCUUUCCAGAUGAGAAGGGGGAGUUGCUGAACCCAAUGGGGACUGUACAGGGUAACCCCAACACGGAGAGUGCAGCCACCCUGAAUAUCCGCUUUCAUUUGAACGACUAUUCAGUCUUUUACCCGUCUAUUGAGAAGAUCCUGGAUCUGGGGGGACGGUGCAAUGAGGUUACAUAUCCAACCACUGAGGAGCAGAUACAGCUCCACGAGAUCUUAGAACGCAAAGGACAUUCUGAGUUGUACGAACACGAGAAAGAUCUGGUGUGGAAACUGCGUCAUGAGAUCAAAGAUCGUUACCCAGAAGCCCUCUCUAAAGUGCUGCUCGUCACCAAGUGGAACCGACACGACGAUGUGGCACAGAUGCUGUAUUUAUUGCAAUCCUGGCCUGAGCUUCCUGUUCUCAUAGCCCUAGAACUUUUAGACUUUAACUUUCCUGAUCGCUACGUGGGUACUUUCACCAUCAACUGCCUGAAGAAACUCACGAACGAGGAUUUGUGUCACUACCUCCUUCAGUUGGUGCAGGUUCUAAAGUACGAGUCUUAUUUAGACUGUGAAUUAACAAAGUUUCUUCUGGAAAGAUCCAUAAUCCACCGAAAGAUUGGACACUUCCUCUUUUGGCAUCUUCGGUCAGAGAUGCAUGUUCCUGCUGUGUCUGUGCGCUUCGGACUCAUUCUGGAGGCCUAUUGCCGAGGCAGUAAUUACCACAUGAAGGUGCUUAUGAAGCAGGGGGAGGCUCUGACCAAAUUAAAGGGUCUGAAUGAUUUUGUGAGGUCCAGCGUACAAAAGACUGGUAAACCAAUGGCAAAGGAAGCCAUGCAUGCGUGUCUAAAGCAGGAGAGCUACCGGGAUGCCCUGUCACACAUCUACUCUCCACUGGACCCCAACCUGUUCUUAACAGAUGUGUGUGUGGAGCUUUGCACUUACAUGGAGUCCAAGAUGAAACCCCUUUGGAUUGUUUAUAAUAAUGAGCAAUCUGGGGGUAAACGUGUUGGGAUCAUGUUUAAGAAUGGCGAUGAUCUACGUCAGGACAUGCUGACCUUACAGAUGAUAAAACUGAUGGAUAUUUUGUGGAAAAGGGAAGGUUUGGAUCUCCGAGUGACUCCUUAUGGCUGCCUGUCAACAGGCGAUAAGACCGGGCUUAUUGAGGUUGUUAUGCAAUCCGAUACAAUCGCAAACAUUCAGCGCAACAAUAGCAAUAUGGCUGCAACUGCAGCGUUCAACAAGGACGCCUUAUUGAACUGGCUAAAGAGUAAGAACCCAGGUGAGGCUCUGGAUCGUGCAAUUGAGGAAUUCACAAAGUCUUGCGCUGGGUACUGUAUCGCAACGUACGUUCUUGGAAUCGGAGACCGACACAGCGACAACAUCAUGAUUCGGGAAACUGGACAGCUGUUUCACAUUGAUUUUGGACAUUUCCUGGGUCAUUUUAAGGCCAAAUUUGGCAUCAACAGAGAGCGUGUCCCCUUCAUAUUAACCCAUGAUUUUGUGCACAUUAUCCAACAAGGGAAAGCCGAGAACAGUGAAAAGUUUGAUAGGUUCCGGGAAUGCUGUGAAAGAGCUUACAUGACCCUACGAAGUCAUGGAAUCCUUUUCCUGAAUUUGUUUGCACUUAUGAAAGUUGCUGGGUUACCGGAGCUCAGCUGCUCGAAAGACAUCCAGUACCUCAAGGAUUCCUUAGCCCUUGGAAAGAGCGAGGAGGAAGCCUUGAAGCAUUUUCGGUUGAAGUUUAAUGAAGCGCUCCGGGACAGUUGGAAAACCAAACUGAACUGGUUUGCCCACAAUGUUGCCAAAGAUAACCGUCAGUAACUGGGAGUGAGAACAAUCAUUGUGAUCAAAGAGUCUCCCAAAGGAAACAAAGUGCCAUGAAAAAGUGUGGACAAAUGCUCCCGCUCCGACGAUUCGGAGAAAAGAACUCCAACCAAGUUUCUCCUGGGCUGUGAGUGAUGGGAAUUCUAGUCCACUGGAAAGCCACAAAUUGAUCUUUGGAAUGUAUUGAUUGAGAACGUUAACCCACAUUGCUGCAGGCCCUCACUGCUGGAGUUAAUUUAUUCUGAAGCAGAAUGGGUGGAACGCGUUUACAGAAUGGAUUGGUGUAGAACACAUAGUUUGGAUGGUCCUGUUUGAGGUGUGGUAUUAAAAACUACUGACUUCAUUGCAAAGAGAAAUGCAACAGUGUCCAGCUUUGCUUUAAA